AUGAUAGAUGCCCAUGGUACUUUAGCAAUUAAUGAAGAAGGAAGAGUUAAGUUAAAUAUUUCACAACAAAAUGCAGACCAUAAAAGCUUCAUUGAAAUGAAGACAAAAUUAACUGGUAAAAUUAAAAUCGAUGAAAAAACAAAUACUAUUAGCUUUUUAUUAAAGGAUGUCAAUAGUGGUAUUAUUAGAGUUAUGAAUAUUGAACAGGAGAAAAUAUCCCCAACCAAUGGCUGGGUAGUUGGAAUGUACGAAGCUUUAUGCCAUGCCCAUAUAAAUAUGAAAGAACUCCCUUUGACUUUAACAUUUGAACAUGACAACUAUGAAAUUAUGAAGAGAUUAUCAAAAGCAUUAAAAGGUAGAUUGUCCCAAAAUGAAAUAACAGGUAAUAUAAAAAAAUCGACCAAACUCAAGAAAUCAUAUAAAGUGACAAUAGAUCCACCAAUCGAGCCACCAAAACUUAAACCAGAUAGAGAAUCAGAUUUUUAUAAUAAGCAAUAUCAAGAUGAAAAAUUAAAUAUUUGGAAACAUUUUAUUAAAGAAUAUGAUAGAAUAACAAAGGAAGAAAGAGAAAAUGAAGAUAAUGAAGAUGACGAAGAUUAUGAAGACAAUGAAGACAUUGAAGAUUAUGAGGAUAGCAAACAAAGAUAA